AUGUUCACAUACAACGUGCGACUGGUCCCAGCCGACUCGUUCGCAGAAUCCAUGAUCCGUGGCUUCUUGGGCUUCCAAACAUCGUCCAUAUCGUCCAGCUCGCUGCUGAACAUGUCCAUCGAAUCAGAAGGCUCCAAAAGCUCCUGCCAUGUUGCACUGGUCAGCACCCGUUUGGAUCGAACAUUCGCGGCCUUUAACGACUCGUACCGCCGGUCACAAGACAUCAGACAAACACGGAACUCGGGAAAAUACCAUCGGACCAUCUCCGACGGCGCAAUGGUCCCAGCCUGCGCGUCCUCGUCCAAGGUUUCUGCGAGCUCAGACACAAACGCAGAGUACUCGGCAUUGGUCUUGUCGGCAAUGCGGUUCUUGGAAACAAAGCUCACCAUGAACUCCACCAAAGACUCCUCCUUGACUCCCAAAAACUCCUCCAGCACCUCUUCGGCAGCUUCGCGCAGCUUCCCCACAAGCUCUGGCGACAGCGCAGCGUCUUCGUCUUUCUUGAGCGUGAUCUUGACGGGCUUGUCGCCAAACGAGGCCAUGAACUCGUUCUGUUCGGCAUUCAGGUCCCGCUCCGCAGCGUCCUCCUCUCUGUCCUGGGCGUCCAGCCGUUCCUCGUCCGAUUUCUUCUUGCUCCGGAACGCCAGAUAG